AUGACCAUCCUUCAGGAGCCUAACCAAUCUCCUAUCAGAUGUGACGCAAUUCCUGAGCUGGAGGAGGAGAAUUAUCAUCUUCGUAGUGAAUUGCAAACAGAAGUUGAUACUAACCGCCAGAAUGAAAGUCGAAUUAACCAACUGGAGCGAGAUUAUUCCCGGUGUGAACAGGAAAUCCAAGUUCUCAAUAGGGAAAUAGAGCGUCUUGAGAAUGCUUCGGAAGAAGAGAUAGUGGAGUUGAAAUCUGAAGUCUCCAGUCUAAAAAGUCAGCUAUAUCAAGCCAAGAAGGAUGUACGAGAUAAAAAAAGGUUAUUACUGAUCUAG